GGGUGCGCGGGGGCGCCGGCCCCCCUUGGGGCCCUUUAGCUGCAGCGCCAGGCCGCGAAAGCAAGCGAAGUAGAGCGGUCAGAUACUUUGGAGCAUCCUAACAUGGUGUGGGAAGUGAAGACAAAUCAAAUGCCUAAUGCAGUUCAGAAACUCCUUCUGGUAGUGGACAAGAGAACUUCAGGGAUGAAUGAGUCACUGGAGUUGCUGAAGUGUAAUGAAAACCUGCCCUCUUCUCCUGGAUAUGCAUCCUGUGAUGAACACAUGGAACUUGAUGAUCUUCCUGAACUACAGGCUGUGCAGACGGAUUCUACCCCACCUGCACUUUUUCAGCUUGGUGCUGACGUUUCACAUCAGGAAUGUUCAAGGCCUUCGUGGAACCAACAUACCUCAGACAGCAAUUCAGAAAAUGCUUAUUCUUGUGAGAAUGGGGUGAACUGGUUGACAGAAUUAGCAAAUAUAGCCACAAGUCCUCAGAGUCCUUUGAUGCAGUGCUCUUUUUAUAACAGAUCAUCUCCUGUUCACAUAAUAGCUACAAGCAAAAGUUUACAUUCCUAUGCACGUCCUCCACCAGGAUCCUCAAAGAAUGAUCCUAACUUCUCCAAGAAUGAUUUGGAUGAAACACCAGUCAGACAUGAAAGGGCGAAUAGUGAAUCAGAAUCUGGCAUUUUCUGCAUGUCAUCACUUUCAGAUGAUGAUGAUUUAGGAUGGUGCCAUUCCUGGCCCUCAACUGUUUGGCAUUGUUUUCUAAAAGGCUCUCGUUUGUGCUUCCAUAAAGGACGCAAUAAAGAAUGGCAGGAUGUUGAAGAUUUUGCAAGAUCUGAAAGCUGUGGAAAAGAGGAAAAUCUCCCAGUGAGUCCUUACAAGGGCUAUGGUUCUGAUGGUUUGAAGUUGAUUUCUCAUGAAGAAAGCGUUUCCCUUGGUGAGUCAGUGCUGAAGCUGACUUUUGAUCCUGGCACAGUGGAAGAUGGCUUGCUUACAGUAGAAUGCAGACUCGAUCAUCCUUUUUAUGUUAAAAAUAAAGGUUGGUCAUCUUUUUAUCCAAGCUUGACUGUGGUACAGCAUGGCAUUCCAUGCUGUGAAAUGCAUCUUGGAGAUCUGUGUCUACCUCCUGGACACCCUGAUGCCAUUAACUUUGAUGAUUCAGGUGUUUUUGAUACAUUUAAAAGUUACGAUUUUACACCAAUGGAUUCCUCUGCAGUUUAUGUGCUAAGCAGCAUGGCUCGCCAGCGUCGCGCUUCUCUAUCUUGUGGAGGAUCAAACAAUCAAGAUGCUGAGAGAUCAGAAUGCAGUAGUAAAAACUGUGCGUCUACUGCAUCAUCACAUCUUUCCUCCAAUUCUUUGUACAGCAAAGCUGGCAAAAGCCACAGCUCAGGGACUGCAAGUACUGUGAGUGCCACUUCUCCAAACAAGUGCAAAAGACCAAUGAAUGCCUUCAUGCUUUUUGCCAAAAAAUACAGAGUUGAAUAUACUCAGAUGUAUCCAGGGAAAGACAACAGAGCCAUAAGUGUGAUACUCGGUGACAGGUGGAAGAAAAUGAAAAAUGAAGAAAGACGGAUGUACACACUAGAAGCCAAGGCCUUGGCGGAAGAACAGAAACGUUUAAAUCCUGACUGUUGGAAAAGAAAACGAACAAAUUCUGGCUCACAACAGCAUUAAGCCAGAAUUUUCCUGUUAACUCUGUAUUUACAACAUGGCUGUUGCUUGAUGGCAAGAAGAUGCAAGACCAAGGUCUUACUAUUUGUUGUGACUUUAUGUGACCAUAAAAUACUGGCACCAUCGAGUCGGGAAUGAUCUAAUAUGAGUGCAGAUCUGCUUUUUACAAUAGAACAUUAAGUAAGCUAAAACUAUCAACAUUUUAAACCAAAUUGCCUUAUUUUUCUUCCAGACUUCAUAUAUGUAUCAGGUAAUAUAGGCUUGAAAAUGGAUAUCCUGUGGUGCUAACGUACUUUAGAAAGAGGCGAAGGAGACGUGUAUAAAUGUUUAUUUUUAAAAGAAAAUGUACAAAAGGGGGAAUUUUAAAAUAUGUAACAGCUGUUUAUAUACAUUGAUUCUUAUUGCUGAUUAAUAUGUAUUGCACAACUGUAUUAUUAAUUACGAUUCUGGGGCCUGGGAUUUUCUGAAAUGGCAAAAUACAUUAUCAGCCUCUAGCUUCCCAGCCUGCCCAGAUGCCAACAAGUUACCAGAACAUGGGGAAAAUGGAGAGCGUAGUGUAAUGUAGCACGGGAGCUGCUGCUUGGGUUGCCACGUAUAAAAUCUGUAUCCACGAGUGAGAUAUUUUUGCACCAGCUGGCACUAGGGAGAGCUGUUAUUUCCAGUGGAAACAAUGGCCCAGGCCAGGAUGAAACGAAUAAAUAGCGUUCUCUCAAGAAAAAUGGUGCUGUUGAUAUCGUCACCAUCAUAGUUUUAACUCUGUGUUUUGUCUUUGCCACAUAUUCUACAAUAUUUUAUUUUGCCAUAAGACAUCUUUAUGGUGGGGGCAAACUUUGCACUUAACUAUACGUGCAACACUUGCACUUUACUUUUUUUUUUCUUCCAACUGUCUAAAAUUAGAGCAGCUGCAUUAGGGUUACAAUUGCUUCUGCUGUGAACUUUUACAAUCAUGGCUUUUCAUGUACUAAACAGCCGUCUGGUUUUUUUUUUUUAAGAAUCACAACUGUAAAUUUCAGUUUAUGACACGUCUACAUGAUGUUGCCCCUAAGAUUUUUGCACACUAUAUUCUUGUAUAUUAUUUCAAAUAAAUUCAUUAAAAUUU